UCCCACAGAAAACUUGCGAACUGUAUGUAAAUUUUAUAUAAAUCAGUGAUGAAGAUAAGAUUGGUCAGAUUAUGAACAUCACACCGACGAAGAAACGUUAUUAUCAGAUAAUACAAUAAGUUAACCAUUAUCAAGACCAGAGAAGAAAUUGGUGAGCGAUUAGUGCUAAUUUGUGUUAUUCCUAAGCAAAGGUUGGUCAAAAUCAUCUUACACUGUUCAACACUUGCAGUUCAACUGAAAAAGCAGAGUCGAUAUGAGCAUAGAAAAUGUGCACAUGGAAAAUAAAAAAGUAAGAACAGCGCCAAAGACAUCUUUAAAAAUCUCACGAAUCAAUCGAGCAAUGAAGAGGCUCAGCAGUAGCAGUGAGGAUGUUUAUGAAGGUGCCUUUGUUGGUGAUGAUGCUUAUUCAAAUAGUGACGCUUCUGUUUCUGUGACAAAUGCACGAGAGAGAUAUGAACCGCCAGACGGAGGAUGGGGUUGGGUAGUAGCCGCAGGAUGCUUCUGUAUAACGACCCUAACGAGCAUGAUUGGCCCAUGCUUUGGUGUCCUCUUUUCGCGAUUCCUGCUAAGCCUUAACACAUCUUCAACGACGACUGCCUGGAUCUUUAACAUCUUCUUGAGCCUUUGGAAUGGCACCGGAUUGUUCGUGCGCCCCUUGAUAGAGGAACUGGGAUGGCGACCUAUAGCUAUUGCAGGAGCAUUGAUCAACGUAAUGGCUUUUAUAACUACAGCCUUUGUAUCUUCAGCUCAAUUUCUUUAUUUUACAUUUUCUCUCCUAAGUGGUAUUGGUGGAGGUACCAUAGGCUAUAUCUGCUUCACCAUCUUGCCCCAUUUCUUUUACAAGCACCGUGGGGUAGCUAAUGCUAUCAUGAUGGGAGGCAUAUGCAUGGGCCAGUUUGUGGGUCCACCAGUCCUUCGAUACCUUCAGGAUGAAUACGGUUUCCGGGGAUCAUCGUUGAUUACGGGAGCCAUCAUGCUGAAUGCAAUCGGGGGCGCGGCGGUGUUCCAGCCCCCUGAGUGGCACUUGAAGAAGGUCAUUAUGAGUGAGGAGGAAUCAGGAACGCAGAUGAUUCCUAGCGCUUCAUCUCAUAUCAAUAAAAACGUAAAUACGAAAAGAGGUUUGGUAAAAUCUCAAUCUGGUCUGUGUCUCGGCGAAAGCAUUGGAGCUCUAGAAGCAGAAUUAAAUUAUCUGCAUUUGUCAUCUCAAAAGUUAAAUACCUUUGGGAGUCGGAAUGAAGCUUCUAAUUCCUUAGGACGGAAAACAAUGAGAAACAAAACUAUUUCUGAAGCCAAGAGAGAACAGCCACUUCUUGAGACUCAAAGGGUGGAGUUGGGGACGAAUUGUAAUGAGGUUGAAGAGAAACAAUGUUUUGCCACAAGACUUUGGGAUGGAUUAAAGCAGAUCAUUUUGUCUGUAGCGUCGGAUUUAUCUCAGCUGAAAUCGCCCACAGUGUUCGUUUUAGCAGGCGGGGCCUUAUGUGCCGUCAACGGGUACCUGAACUUCAUCAUGAUGGUUCCGUUCGCCAUGCAAGAGGCGGGACACUCGUUACAGUCUUCUGCUUGGUGCAUCUCCGUAUCUGCAGUAACGAACCUUGUUGCAAGAAUGAUGUCCUCUGCGUUAUCUGACUGGAAGAGAUUUAACGUUAAAUUCUGCUACAUUUUUGGAGUCAUUCUAAUGGCAAUAACGCAGUUAGUUUUCCCGUUUGUCAUGGACGACUUACGGAAACUGAUGAUCAUCAUGGGAUUUUGGGGAUGGGGAGUUGGAGCCAGCAUGGGAGUUUACAACCUGGUCAUCAUUUCUGUUGUUGGCGUGAAGAGACUCGGCUCAGUCUUCGGAACCUCGUCAUUUAUGGUGGCCCUGGGUUUCUUAGUGAUUGGUCCGGUUAUAGGGUACGUUCGAGACACAAGUGGAAGCUACGCCGUUAGCGUUUGGUGUCUGGGAGGCCUGACGUGUUUGACGCUGCUCCUUUGGACUUCGUUACCUUUAGCCAUUUCCCACGAGCUGAAGAUGAAGGAAAGCUAUAAGCAAGCAGCAAAGGUAAUAAGAAAUCCUUAAGAAGAGUUUCCCAGGCACUAUCGAAGGAUAAGUCCUUUAAUCAAACGGUGGUUUUGUUUGUGAUUUAAAUGAACUUCAGUCCAGCUACGUAAACUAAGAAUCCGUGUUGUAUAUUUUGUUAACUCGUUAAUAUUUAUAAAAGUAUUAUUCUAUGCAUAGAAAAUUAAAAUAAAAAGAUAUUAGUAAACUACCAUUACUUAU